AGUUUAGAAAACAAGUCACUCUCAUUAUUACAACCAUCAAGACUUAUGGAUUCCCAGCUAGUACCAAUCUCUCCCAUGGCGGCCGUUUCUAAUGGCGGCGACGGAGGAAAGACGACGAUGGACCGCAAAGGCGGUUGGAAAUCCGCCAUUUUCAUCAUCUUUGUGGAGAUGGCGGAGAGAUUCUCCUACUACGGCAUCGCCGGAAACCUAAUAACCUACCUCACCACCGUCCUCGGCCAGCCGACCGCCACCGCCGCCAGGAAUGUGAACACUUUUCUCGGCGUCUCCGCUCUUUUCCCGAUUCUCGGCGCUUUUCUCGCCGAUUCUUACGUCGGUCGGUUCAAGACGAUCGUCGUUUCCACCGCCGUCUAUAUUCUCGGGCUGGUGAUGUUAGUGGUGGCGUCCACGGCGGCGUUGCGGCGGCACGGCACGCUUUUCUUCGUGGCGCUUUACACCGUGAGCGUCGGGGAAGGAGGGCACAAGCCGUGCGUGCAGACGUUCGCCGCCGAUCAGUUCGACGAGGAUUUGCCGGAGGAGAAGCAGGCGAAGAGCUCCUUCUUCAACUGGUGGUACUUGGGGAUAUUGGUGGGGGCCACCCUGGCGGUCCUGGUCGUGAUUUACGUCGAGGAUUUCGUCGGCUGGACCGUCGGAUACGGAAUGCUGGCGGCCGCCACCGUGCUUGCGCUGGCGGUGUUUCUGGCCGGGAGUAGGACGUACGCCAGGGAAGCUCCGGUGGGGAGCCCGUUCACUCGGGUGGCGCACGUGGUGGCCGCCGCCGUCAGGAAGCGGCGCCUCUCGGAGGAGCGCGACGGCCGUGGCAUUUGGUACGGAGACGGCGAAAUUGGCGGCGCCGCCGCCGCGGAUGGUGAACGACUCCGGACUCGCGCUUUGGCACGUACCAAUCAAUUUAGAUUCCUAGACAAGGCAACAAUCAUAGACGACACAGACGUAUCUAGCGAGAAACGGAAUCCCUGGCGGCUUUGCAGCGUGAGCCAAGUCGAGGAAGUUAAGCUCCUCCUCCGGCUCAUCCCCAUAUGGCUAAGCUGCCUCACCUUCGCCGCCGUAAUAGCCCAGCACGGCACUUUCUUCACCAAGCAAGCCGCCACGUUGGACCGAUCCCUCGGCUCAUUCCAUUUCCCGCCGGCUUCAUUCCAGGUCGUCACCAGCACCACAAUCCUAAUCUCCGUCGCGCUCUACGACCGCCUCCUCGUCCCGGCCGCCCGGCGCCUCACCGGCGUCCCCUCCGGCAUCACCGUGCUCCAGCGGAUCGGCGCCGGCCUCGUCAUCUCCGUCGUCACCAUGACCGUCGCCGGCGCGCUCGAAACCAAGCGCCUCCGCGUCGCGGCGGAGCACGGCCUCCUCGAUUCUCCGACCGCCACUCUCCCGAUGCCGAUCUGGUGGCUAGCGCCGCAAUACGUCCUCACCGGCCUCGGCGACGUCUUCACCAUCGUCGGCCUCCAGGAGCUCUUCUACGACCAAAUGCCCGUCCAGAUGCGCAGCACCGGCGCCGCCCUCUACCUCAGCAUCGUCGGCGUCGGAAACUUCCUCAGCGGCGUCCUCAUCACCAUCGUCCAACGAAUCUCCGCCAGAUCCGGACACCAAUGGCUCCUCAACAACCUCAACAGAUCGCAUCUCAACUACUUUUACUGGCUUCUCGCCGGUCUCAGCGCUGUAAACUUCUGCAUUUAUGUCUUCGCCGCAAAAGCUUUUGUGUACAAGAAAGUUGAGGCUGCGGCUAUGGAGGAACAGGCCAAGGUUUGACAAGACAACAAAUGACGUAUGAAUGCAUAUGUAACUAUGUAAUGUAAGCUUUUAUGGCUGAAAAUUACCGUGAAAAUGUUAUUAACUUGUAGAAACUCUUAUAUUUCCAAUAUGGUAAUAUGAAUAUGUUUUUGGCAUCUUA